AUGGCGGGGAUGGCUGCGGCGGCAGGGUCGUCGUCGACGUCCGGCGCGGCGAUGCUGUGUGGAAAGGAGGAGAAGGUGCUGGGCGUGCAGAUGGCGCCCGGGAGCUGCCCCUACUGCGGCGGCGGGGUGGCGGCCACGGACGUGGAGGCCAAGUGGGUGCUCUGCUGCCUGCCGCUCUGCCGCAGGACCAAGCGGAGGUUCGCCUGCACCGCCUGCGCCAGGCGCCUCGUCACCUACCCGGCCAUUCUGCAUGACUAG